UGGCGGCAUUCGCUGCACUAGCGCUGUGACAGUUGCUCGUGGCGCCUCAGACGGUGCGUUACAAAAACCGGCGAUUGCAUCCGAUUUGAUUUCACCUGUGCAACGACAAGUGGUUUUCUUCGUGCCUUGUUACCAGUAUUCGAGCGGAAGCGGCGUAAGCGUGUGACUGCAUGUGCGCGCCUUGUCUUGUGCAUAUUGUGAUUUCUUGUAUUUGAUGGUUUAACCGUGUCGGCGUGGUGUCAUAUACUGAAGUUUAUUAAUAAAUUUUAACAAAAUACGAAGGUGCAAAAUCGUACGCUAGCAACGUUAUAAGAAAUUGGCGAAAUAUACUGAAUUUGUGUUUGAGAGUGGGAGAGAAAACAAAAGCGAAACUGACGCAAAAAAAGCAAUUAAAAUUCAAAUAUAAUUAUCGUAUUAACACCUUCAAAACAAUUGCAAUUCUUUUUUUGGCGCACACUCACACAACCCACACACAAUCCACAAAUGAAUCCCAUCAGCGACGAUGCAACGCCAAUACUACGACCGCUUGCGCCCACUUUACAGAAAAUCGCCUGCGAAGAGUUGAACGAGGUGCCCAAUCGUGUGGCCGAAGAUGUGUUCGCACUACGCCAAUGGAUACACAAACAGCCGCACUUGUAUGCGCGUACCAAUGAUCAGUUUCUUGUCGGCUUUUUGCGCGGCUCCAAGAAUAGUUUGGAGAAGGCGAAGCAGAAAAUCGAUCGUUAUUAUACGCUGAAGGCAGCCUUGCCGGAGGUGUUCAAUGAGCGGCGACAGGUGGACGAUCCGUUGGUGAUGGAGAUCGUGCGUUUGGGCAUCAUAUUACAGAUACCGCUACCCGCGGACUAUCAUGGUCCGUGCAUAACGAUCAUACGCGCCUGCUCGUAUGACACUACCAAAUACAAGUUCGCCGAUAUUAUACGCGUCGGUUCGAUGUUUGGCGAAAUUAUGACGAUCGAAGAUGACAAUUCCACCGUGAGCGGCUAUAUUGAGGUUAUGGACAUGUGUAAUGUGAGUGGCCAACAUUUUCUGCAAUUGAAACCGGAUUUGCUGCGUAAAUUCUCAACUUUCGCUGAGGAGGCGAUGCCAAUGCGUCAACGUGGCACACAUUUCAUUAAUGUGCCGGCGCCAUUCGAGAAGGGCUUUAAGACGCUAAGCACAUUCUUUCCGGAGAAAAUGCUCAGUCGGAUUUCCGUCAAUUCUAGUCCCGAAGCGUUGUACGACUUUGUGCCACGCGAGUACUUACCGCAGGAGUAUGGCGGUGAGAAUGGCACCAUAGCCGAUAUUGUUGAGCGCAUGGAGGCGAAAUUGUUGCGUUAUCGCGACUACUUUUUGUUGGAACCGAAAUUCGGCACUAACGAGAAAUUGCGCGAGGGCGCGCUCUAUACUUAUGAGAACUGUUUCGGACUGGAGGGUUCAUUCCGUAAAUUAGAAGUUGAUUACAAAAUGCCACAACUCACUAUAAGACCACUAAAUCCCGAACUGCAAGCUGCGGCGAUUAAAGAGCUGAAUGAAGUGCCUGAGCGCGUGGCGGCCGAUAUUGCAGCGCUGCGCACCUGGAUCCAACAGCAGCCGCAUUUGCGCGCACGUGAUGAUGAUCAAUUCUUGCUCUCCUUCCUGCGUGGCUGCAAAUUUAGUUUGGAGAAGGCGAAGAGCAAAAUCGAUAAAUUCUAUACGUUACGCACCAAAUAUCCGGAAUUCUUCACCAUCAAUGAUGUGGAUGAACAGAAGGUGCGCGAACUGAUAAAUACCGGUAUACUCGUCUAUUUGCCGACACCGUUAAAUGAGAAUGGACCACGUAUUGCUGUGGUAACACUAGGCGUUUACUCAGUUGACAAAUACUCCAUUGAAGAUGUUGCACGCGCAAUGGAUGGCAUACAGGAGAUAUUAAUGCUCGAGGAUGAUUAUGCCGUUGUCUAUGGCAUAACAACAUUAGUUGAUGUGAAAAAGGCAUCCACAGCGCAUUUAAUGCAAAUGACACCGUCUAGUCUGAAAAAGCUGACCAUCUUCUCGGAGGAAGCUUUGCCAUUUCGCACAAAGGGUACACACUUCCUUAAUAUACCAAGCGGUUUCGAGGCGUUCUUCAAUAUACUUAAACCCAUGUUGUCGAAGAAACAGCAGAAGCGUCUCUCUCUGCAUGGCAAUAAACUGGAUAAUCUGUACGAGCACAUCCCUUUGAAAUAUUUACCCAAAGAAUAUGGUGGUGAGAAUGGUUCGAUUGCAGAGAGCGUUGCCGAGCUCAAUAAGAAACUCGACGAAUAUCGCGAAUACUUCAAGGCGAAUGCUCAAUAUGGCACGGAUGAGAAGCUACGCCCUGGCAAACCAGUCGAUUUCGAUCAACUCUUUGGUGUGCAGGGUUCUUUCAGGAAGUUGGAAGUAGACUAAGUUAAUAUGUGAUAAAAAUUUUGGAUUUUUUGUAUGUAUGUUUGUUAUAUUCAUGGAUAACUGGAAUACUAUUUUUAACAAGUGAGCUCGGUGGUUUUUUAA